GCUACGAGCCUAUCGUGGAAUGGGUCUAAAUUCGAAUGUGUUCUUUGCCACAAGGAGUUUAGUCAUCUUGGAUGCCUAAAUCAGCAUCUCAACAGUCCAGCGCACGAUGAGGAAAUCUAUAAAUGCCCACGUGGUUGGCAGGGCUGUGGCACUGAGUUCUGCAUGCUCAGUGCGCUCUGCCAUCACGUAGAAAGUGAGCAGUGUGGAGUUCAUCGGUUCAACAAGGCAGUGCAGGAAAUGGUGGGGUCACUGACAAGUGACAUGCAUUGCCUCACUAUGUGA